AUGAGAGGUAUGGGAAAAGAUCAGAGACGAACAGUCGCACUAUUGUCCGACAGAGACCUGCUCGAGGUUGGCGGAAACUCUGAAAGGUCUGUGUGCGGUCGAGGAAAGGUCGAAACAAGGGUGGACGGCUGCACUGAUUGGUCCGUGGACUAUCUGAAGUACCGGGUGUUACACAGAGAGCCAGUGAGGAUAAAGUGUGCUCUGUUUUACGGUUAUAUCAGAGCCAACUACACCCAGGCACAGAGCAUUGGACUAAGUCUGAUGUGGUACCGGAGUUCUGGGUUGGGACAUGGUGACUUUGAGGAACCCAUCUCCUUUGAUGGGGUACGCAUGAGCAAAGAGGAAGACGCCAUCUGGUUUCGGCCUGCCGAGCUGCAGGACGCCGGUCUGUACUCCUGCGUUCUGAGGAAUUCCACGUUUUGUAUGAAGGUGUCUAUGACUCUGUUGGUUGCUGAUAAUGACACAGCAGGAUGUUAUAACUCAAAACUGCGCUACACUGAGAAAGGAGAACUGGGCAAGAGUAAAGACAUCUCCUGUCCUGAUAUCCAGGAUUACAUUCAGCCUGGAGAAAAACCACAGAUAAUGUGGUACAAGGAGUGUAACGUGCAGCAGUGGAGGAGCAGUGUGUUGCAGACCGCAGACAUGCUCUCCAUACAGGAAGUGAGGGAGGAUGACAUCGGCAACUACACCUGUGAGCUGGUUUUUGGAGGCUUCCUGGUGCGGAGGACGACCUAUCUGAGCGUGACAGCUCCUCUGACUGAAGAGCCCCCCAGGAUUCUGUUUCCCUCUGAAAACAAGCUUCUCACCAUGGAUGUGCAGCUCGACUCGUGGUCUCAGUAUCUCUUUAAUCAGAUGCUCCUCGUGUACUUCACAUCCUGGACCGUUAGAGAACACCUGGGUGAACAGGAAGUGUCCAUUACUCUGACCAUAGAUUCACUGGAGGAGGUAGAUCUGGGUAAUUAUUCCUGUUAUGCGGAAAAUGGCAACGGGAGAAGACAAGCCAAUGUACAGAUUGGGAAACGAGUGGAGCUGAUGUACACCGUGGAGUUGGCUGGUGGACUGGGUGCAAUUCUUCUGCUAUUGGCCUUGUUAUUGUCUGUGUAUAAGUGCUACAAGAUCGAGCUGCUUCUUUGCUACAGGCAUCAUUUUGGAGGGGAGGAUGCAGAUGGAGAAAAUAAAGAGUACGAUGCAUACCUGUCCUACAGUAAGGUUGAGCUGGAUCAGUGGGGUCAGGAAUUACAGGAAGAGGAGCGCUUUGCUCUGGAGAUUCUCCCCGACGUGCUGGAGAAACAUUAUGGAUACAAACUCUUUAUCCCUGACCGAGAUCUCAUUCCUGCCAGCAGUAUGAGCAGUCAACAUUACCAGGAUGACACACAUCUUCUUAGAGCGUACAUAGAGGACGUGUCCCGCUGCAUAGACAUGAGUAAACGCCUGAUCAUCGUGCUGACCCCGAGCUACGUGCUUCGUCGCGGGUGGAGUAUAUUUGAGCUGGAAUCCCGUCUGCGCAACUCUCUGGUUUCAGGGGACAUUAAAGUGAUCUUAAUCGAGUGUGCCGAUCUGCGAGGAGUCAUUAACUACCAGGAGGUGGAGGAGUUAAAACUAUCCAUUAAAUGCCUGAGCGUGGUGCACUGGAACGGCCCGCAGAGCAACAAGCCCGGCUCGCGCUUCUGGAAGCAGCUCCGCUACACCAUGCCAUACCGCCGCCCCCAGCAAACCCUCACCAAUCACGCACUGGAUGCCAGCGAACCCGGCCCCUUCGCCGACCUGCAGACCGUCUCGGCCAUCUCCAUGGCCACGGCCACGUCCGCCGCCUUGGCGCCGGCUCACCCCGAGCUGCGCCCGUCUCUGCGGAGCUCGUACCGCUCGCACUCGCUGGCACGGCAGAAACACUCACACUACCGCAGCUAUGACUAUGAGCUGCCCUUCACAGCUGGAGGCACGCUGCCGCCACAGCACACCUACUGCAACCUGCCCCUCACCCUCCUGAACGGCCAGCGGCCCGUCAACAACAAGACCCUGCGCCAACACAGCCUGGACGAGCACCACGGCAACAACGCCAUGCUUCCACUGCUGCCCAGAGAGACGAGCAUCUCCAGCGUCAUCUGGUAAACACAGAGAAUCCGAAACGCACCCAGUUUGGGCCGCCUGGCACACGGUGGACUAAAUAAGCUGGUAUACAGCACAGGACACAAUGAGAUUAGUGGUUUCCUGUGAUCAAAAUGAUUGUUCUGUCCACACUAAGUGGGUCUGAGGAUGUAAGUCUUUUGGGCAUUGAUCCGGCGGUGAGGGACGAAAUAGUGCCGUACCUGUAGGCGUGAACUGAGCAUAUAAAGUCACACCACAUGGAGGUAUACAGGGUCUCGUGUAGAUGUUAGCAUUAUAUUUGUAGCACCGCUGUCUUCCUGUCUCCAUGUUCGGUUUGAUCACACCAUCUAUUUUUACUCGUUAACGCUUGAUGCUUUUGUUUUGUCCCUUCCUCUUUUUUUAGGUUUGAAAUGGACAUUUGAUUGAGAUUUUUAGUCUUUUGAAAUGGACUGAAAUACUCCUCAUUGGAUUUUAGCUACUGUCGUUUUGCUCGGAAGCUACUGCGUUUUGUUCCGUCCCUCUUUCUGUUGUCUGAUGUAAGGUAUGUAUUUAUGGUUUUAAUUGCAAAAUUUUCAAGAAGGAAAUAUAUUACAAAUUAUGCAAAAUAUACAAAAGCCUAAAGGGGUCGACAGAGGUGAUCAGUGAGCAGUGCUGUCUUCUUUUACAAGAGGAACAACACCAUUUCUCAAAUAUUAAGGGGAUUUUAAAUGAUGAGAAAUCUAUUUUUAUAUAUGAAGAGUGCUGAUUCUCUAACACCACAGGGUCAAUGGGACAAUGGGACUGAAGACUCUCUUCUUUGUGAAUUUGGGUAUUUUAUACAGUUUGCUACAUUGUUCUCAUCUGUGGAGAAAAGGAAAUGUUUUAUGUUAACUUCUGAAACAAUAAUCAACUGCAUUUUUGUUUGUAUUUUUUUUUUUUAUGCUCAUAGUCUAGGACUUUUGAUCCACAGACAGACCUUUUCACUUUCUUUCACAUUUCUAAUCUGUUUACCUCUCAGUCUGAUGUCUUAACCCACUGGUUACAUGCUUGUCUUUUUCUCCUCUAGCUGCUGUGUGACUCAGAUACAUGCUGGCAUGUUUCACAGAGAAACACAGGCCUGUAUACUCGCAUUCUAGCAUAGAGUGUCAAAUAACUCAGCUUGAAAACAUAUCAUAUGAUUUAAUAAAUGCCCACAGUCAACAUGUAUUUGUUGUAUCUUGUGUAGAGGUUUUCCUGAUCUAGGGGUUUUCACUUAUGGCAGCAUGUACUGACUCUAAGGGG